AUGUCUCCCGUAGAAGAAGACCCGAAGGCCAGCAGCACCACUGCCAAUGAGUUCUUUGAGUCCAUCGGCAACCAAGCCGAUCAGCUUGCCCCUGCCACCGACGGCGAGGCGCAAACCGACGAUGACGAUCGCAGAGUUGUCGAGGAGAUUGAGUCUCUCUGCAUGAACUGCCACGAGAAUGGCACCACACGUCUUUUACUUACAAGAAUACCCUUCUUUCGAGAAAUCAUCAUAAUGUCCUUCUCCUGCGAGCACUGCGGGUUCCAAAACAACGAGAUCCAGGCAGCCGGUUCAGUACAGCCCAAGGGUACCCACUACGAACUGCGACUCACAGCCCUUCCCGACUUCUCUCGACAAGUAGUCAAGGCCGACACAGCCGUCGUCAAAUUCAUCGAGCUGGAUCUCGAGAUCCCCGCCGGCAAGGGCCAGCUUACAAAUGUGGAAGGUCUGCUUUCAAACACGAUCGACGACCUGGAGAUGGGCCAGGAGGCGCGGAAAGAGCAGAUGCCUGAGGUGUACGAGAAGAUAGCCGAGAUCAUCGCCAAGGCGCGGGCCAUGCUCGCCGGCGACUCAUUCCCCUUCCGUGUUUUCGUGGACGACCCUGCCGGCAACUCGUGGAUCGCCCCCGACCUCCGCGACGGCGUGGGCAAGUGGGAGAAGCACGAGUAUACGAGAACCCCCGAGCAGAACGAAGCCCUCGGCCUCUCAGACACCGCCCCCAGCGGAAGCAACGGCGAGAUCCCUUUGCAGGGACAGGGCCGCCUCGGUGAGAACGACGAGAUCGUCCCCGACGAGGUGUACACCUUCCCCGCGAGCUGCCCCGGCUGCAUGCACCCGUGCAUCACGCACAUGAAGAUGGUCGACAUUCCGCACUUCAAGCAGGUCGUGCUGAUGAGCACGGUGUGCGACCAGUGCGGCUACCGGAGCAACGACGUCAAGACGGGAGGCGAGAUCCCGGAGAAGGGCAAGCGGGUCACGCUCAAGGUCACCACGACCGAGGACCUGGCGCGAGACAUCCUCAAGUCAGAGAGCUGCGCGCUCGAGUGCCCCGAGCUCAACCUAUCCGUCAACCCCGGCACGCUCGGCGGCAGGUUCACCACCGUGGAGGGUCUGCUGACGCAGGUCAGAGACGACUUACGCAACCAGAUUUUCCAGGUCGAUGCCGGCUCCAGUACCAGCCAGGGCGGCGACUCGUUGAGCGGCGAGGAGCGAACGCGGUGGACGGCCUUCUUCGAUGGCCUCGACGCCGCGAUCAAGGGCGAGCGGGAGUUCACAAUCAUUCUUGCCGAUCCGCUAGCAAGCAGCUACGUCCAGAGUAUGGCGGACGACCCGUCCAAGCCGGAUGACAAGAUGACUGUAGAGGAGUACGAGCGGACGGCAGAGGAAGAGGAGGACCUAGGUCUCAGCGAUAUGAAGACCGAGGGCUACGAGCAGGACCAGGCGGCCGAGGAGAAGAAAGAUGGCGAGACGGCAUGA